AUGUCACAUCUCUCCUCUCCCACACUCGACGCGACAGCACCCACCUCCAAGGCUGCAUCCCUUCACGAGCCGACCUCGCUUUCCCCCGCCUUGGAGAAGAAGCAAGACCACCAUGCACCGGACCACGCCCACCCUCUCGCCCAACUUGGCCAGGGCAGGAAAAACUUCCUCCUCUUUGUAUUCGGUAUCGCAACUUUCCUCGACAUCUGCAAUGUCAGCGGUGUCGGUCUCGCGGUCGCUCAAAUCAGUGGGGAUCUCGAUCUCGCCAUCAACCAGAUCGCAUGGAUCAUCACUUCGUAUUCGCUCUGCUUUGCUGCACUCCUCCUCUUUGCAGGCCGUCUUUCGGACCUAUUCCCAGCCACCAUCAUCUUCGAGGUCGGCUUCACCGGACUCGGUAUCUUCUCCCUUAUCACCUCCUUCGUCACCACCAACAAGUACGGCUUUCUCAUCCUUCGCGGUCUCGGUGGGCUAUGCGGCGCUCUCACCAUCCCGAGCUCUUACCACAUGCUUGUACACAUGUUCCCCGACCCGGUAGAGCAGCAAAAGAAGCUCGCGCUUUUGGGUAUGGCCGGCGGUCUGGGCAAUGUACUAGGAUUGGUAAUUGCCGGCCUUGCCAUGCUGGCGAGCUAUCACUGGUUCUUCCGCAUCGUCGCCAUCCUCUCCUUCAUCUUUUCCGCCGCCGCCAUCUUCCUCCUUCCUCGCAUCGGCGCCCCUCUCUCCUCAGACCCGUCGCCCAAGUGGAAACGCCUCGACAUCCCCGGUGUCAUCCUGAUGAUGGGAUUCCUCAUCUGCUUCAUCCUCUCACUUACGAACGGCCCUAUUGACGGCUGGGGAUCCGCCGGCUUUAUCGCACCCUUUAUCAUCUCCUUCGUCUCGGCCAUCGGCUUCUUCGUUUGGGAAUACUCCAUUCCCGCUCGUACCGCCCUCCUCCCCGCUUCGGUCUACCAAAUCAAAAACUUCAUCCCUACGAGCUUGGUCAUCAUGAUCCCUACCGGAUUCUGGUUCACUAGCCAAAUCUACUACGCUACCUUCUUCCAGCAGGCUUUCGGAUGGACGCCUCUCCACGUCGCAGCCGCCAUCCUUCCCCAAGGCAUCGUCGGUCUCCUUAUCGGUGUCCUCUCCCAAGUCGUUCCCCAGAUCGUCAGCAAGCCCGAGAUCUUCAUCCCCGUCGGUGUCGUCCUCAUCAUCGUCGCCGAGAUUCUGCAGAUCUACUCGUACGGUGGCCAAGGGUACGAUUACUGGCGCCUCGUCUUCCCUGCCUACGUUCUCGGUUCUGCCGGAGCCAUGCUCGCCUACUUUGGAAGCGCCAUCUCGGUCGUCGUGUACGCCCCGCCUGAGAUGUCUGGCGUCAUCUCGGCGUGGGUGCAGGUGGUCGCGCAGGUGGGAGGCGCGGUGGCGCUCGCGGUACAGGCGGCGUUCGAGACGGAGGAUCUGAGCAACUGGAUGACGUCCGCCGGGAGGACGUUCUGGUUUAUCGUCGCGUGGGUGGCGGUGCUGGGGCUGCAGUACAGGGUUCUGUGGAGAAGGCCGGGAACGCCAGAGGAGGAGCAUGCGCUGGCACGGGCGAGGAUCGCGGCAACGGGGAAGGGCGAGGGGGUAAUAAUCGAGGACGCGAAGGUAUGA